AUGAAAUAUUUUAUUUUGUUCAUUUUAUCUGUAACAUAUUUCUCAUUAUUUGUUGAAUCAUUCAAUCAACAAAAUCAUUGUAAUGCACUCGAAAAUCUAAUCGCUAACGCCAUUGAUGAGGUGGCGGCUGAUAUGAAACAUAUUGAUGAGGUGGCUGAUAGAAAACAUAUUGAUGGGCAUUAUAACAAACCUAGAAAUCCUAACUAUAAUAAAGGAAAUUUUAAAAAAUAUAUUAUGGUUUUCUUAAGCAUUUUAAUAGCGAUUUCUAUAUUGGUUCUAAUCAUUUUAUUAAUUGGAUGUAUACGACGACGAUUAUUAUUAAGUCGAAUUACGAGAACAAACUAA